UUAGCAAGUUCAAUCACAACGAACCCGGAAACAAACAUCGCUAUACCCAAGCCAGAAGAAACAAAACUGACUAUCGAAACACGAAAAACCACCCAGCGAACAAGUGGGAACAAAAGAGGAAAGAAAGAACAAUAGCCUACAAUCUCCACAAUCCCCACAAUGGACCUCCUUUCGAGCGUCCGCAAAUCCGGCUCCCGCGGCGGCGUCAACUUCAGCUGGGACGAGGUCGCCAACUCGUCGCACCGUGAGAAUUACCUCGGUCACAGUCUCAAGGCCCCCGUCGGCCGCUGGCAAAAGGGCCGCGACCUCAACUGGUACGCCAAGGGGGAUGACGGCGCCGGCGCGCGGGAGGGCGAGACGGACCAGGAGCGGCAGGAGCGCGAGCGUAAGGAGGAGCUGCGCAAGAUCAAGGAGGCCGAGGAGGACGCGAUCGCUCGCGCUCUGGGGCUGCCGGUACCGCAGCGGGAUACCUCGGGCGCAAACGCCGUGGAGGUCAGCGGCGCCAGGGGCAUCGGGCCCGCAACUGAAGGGGACGCAAGGCCCGUGGAGGAGGAAAGGGGUGGGCUAGUUGUUUCGGAAAAGAGGGAGCGUAGGGAUCGCGACGAGGAGAGGAGAAGGAGACACAGAAGCCGCAGCCGCAGUCCGAGACGGGAGAGGAGGCGGGAUGGGGACAGAAGACGGAGCCGCGAGAGGGAGCACGGCGGGGAGGAGAGGCGGAGGAGGGGCGAUGUACGGGAGCACGACCGCGCACGCGGGGGUCGCGAGGAGGGGCGGGAGAGGCGGCAUCACCGCCGGGCGAGGACCCGCAGUCGCGAGCGUGAGCCGAGAGAGCAUCGUCGGCGGAGUAGGAGUCGCCAGGGACAUGGGUCACGGCCCAAGGAUCGUCGGCGUAGCCCCGACGAGCGCCCCCGAUGAGUGCUAUAGAGUUGUACGAAUGAUAGAAUGAUACCCACGGCCUGUCUGGUGCGCCGUCUGAUUAAUAUCCAAAAGACCUACAGAAUCACAAC